UUAGAUCGAGCAGCAAAAACAAUGAGAAUUCAUAGGUGUGUUCAUGGCUUUCUGGUUUUCGGACUUUUAAUGGUGAUAUUAGCCAUGAGUACUCCUCCAUCUCUGGCUCAAGAAGCUAAGAUCGGAUUUUCCUUAAGAAAAAUUCAUGUUCACGUUGUUAACGGAUUGAGCGGCCAACAAUCAUUGUUCCUGCAUUGCAAAUCCAGAGAUGAUGAUCUGGGUACGCACAAUCUCGGGGUGGGGGAUGAAUACUCUUGGAGUUUCAGAGUGAACUUCCUUGCGACGACGCUUUUCUGGUGCUAUAUGCGCACCAGCAACGGCCUGCAUGCAGAAUUUGACGUGUUUUGGCCGAGCAAAGGUGACUGGCUUUCUUACAGAUGCAAUUGGAAGAAUUGCAUUUGGACUGCAAAAGAUGAUGGAAUUUACUUGAGAAAUAUCCCGGAAAAUUAUGAUGAGCUUCUUCACAAAUGGGAAUCGGUCCUGAUUAAUUAACCACCACCACCAAGAAUCAGUCCCUUAAUUUAAUAAUCUUGUCACAUUAAUUGCAUCUUCAAAUUAUGAAAAAGUUGUAAUAUGCAAGCCAUAAUUGUGACAGUCAGAUGCUUAAUUGCUUUUUAAUCAAGCGAAAGCAAGAAAAUUGUGGUCCUGUUUAAGCAUUUCAAUUUUAUUUCUUUA